UCCCCAACCAGGGAUUGAACCUGGGCCACGAGAGUGAAAGCACCAAAUCCUAACCACUAGGCACCAGGGAACUUCCCUAGUUCAGGUUAAUAAACAUUUAAUGAGUCCCUACUUCCAGGCUUCUUGCAAACAAAAGGGGAUACAGAAAUGAAAGAGGUCAGCCAAGAUAACUCAGCUGGGAGAGCUUAGAUCGAAGAUAUAAAGGAAAUUGGCCCCAUCCAGAGUGUCAGGAGCUUUGUUAUGUCUCAAUAAAGCUAUUACUUUAAAAAAGAAGAAGAAAAAGAAUAAGGAGACUAGGGGGUUUGGGACAGAAGUGUAAUAUUCCUCUGGUACAAUACAGUAAGUGCUAGACUAGAAAAUAAACCAGGGAAGAGGUCGGGCCAAGCUAAAGGGAGAAGGUGAUCUAUAGGACAGAUCUAUAGAGAGAUCAUCACACCCAGUUCACAAACAAGUGUCCUGGCACAAGGAAUGGCCUACAUUGAGAGUCCCUGGAACAGCAAUCAUUUCUGCUUUGUGCCUAAAACAUAAAGAAAUGGGAGUCAGAAGAGAGAUGGUAGGAAAUUGAAGUUGCAGCCAGGUUGUGAAGAGAACUACAUGUGGCUUAAAGAGUUUGAACUUCAUUCUUUCAGCAUUGAGGACCCAUCAUAAGCUUUAAGUCAGGAGACUGAUAUGAUUAGAUAUGUUUUACAAAUUCUGAUAGCAUUGUGGAGAAUGAUUAAGAAUAACGUUUCUGAAACUUUUAUCAUUUGCUGCUUUUGCUAUACUUGGGCAUGCUUUUGGGAUGAUAAGACAGACCAGGAAGAAGAAGAGGGCAUGACGGAUGGAUUGAAUUUCUUACACACUUAGUGGUCAUAGUCUUGAGUAUCUGUGACUGCUUUUUAUAGUUUUAAAGUCCUUCCCUGUUAACAGAUUAUCAUUUCACAUUGAUCUUAGUGUGCCUGCCAAAGCAGACUCUUUCUCCCCUUUCCCUUCCAAUAUGUAGCUGGCUGGCUGAAAAAUCUAAAUAAACAAGCCUACGGGCUGACCCAUGAGGUACAGUACGUGACCUUCAGUGAGUUGGCCUGGAGACAUCUAUUUUGAUUGUUAGAGGAUUUUUUUUCCUGGUUCUGGUCUUACUCUACAUCUUUAUAACUGGACUCUCCAACAACUUCACGUGAUUGGAGUUGUGCUUCAAAAAUUUCAGCAGUUCAACAGUAUUUUAUUUGCCAACCAUAAGCUCUUUACUUGAUUGCACCAUGAAAAAGCUGCUAAUGAGACUUGUUGAGCACAAAGACAGACUUGAAGAACCAAAAGCCAUUGUUUUCAAAUGAAGAAUACGGAAUGGUUUUCAGCCCCAAUGCUUUUUAAUCACCACUGAGGUUUUCCCCAUAACAUCAGAAUGGCAAGCAGGCGAAAAUCUACAACACCCUGCAUGGUCCUUGCCAGUGAACAGGAUCCAGACCUCGAGUUGAUAUCGGAUUUAGAUGAAGGUCCUCCUGUACUUACACCUGUAGAAAACACCAGAGCAGAGAGUAUCUCAAGUGAUGAAGAAGUUCAUGAAUCCGUGGAUUCUGACAAUCAGCAAAAUAAAAAAGUUGAAGGUGGCUAUGAAUGUAAAUACUGUACUUUUCAAACUCCAGAUCUAAAUAUGUUUACUUUUCAUGUGGAUUCAGAACAUCCCAAUGUAGUGCUAAAUUCAUCCUACGUUUGUGUUGAAUGCAAUUUUCUUACCAAAAGGUAUGAUGCACUUUCUGAGCAUAAUCUGAAAUAUCACCCAGGAGAAGAGAAUUUCAAGUUGACUAUGGUGAAACGAAAUAACCAGACAAUCUUUGAACAAACAAUAAAUGAUCUGACUUUUGAUGGUAGUUUUGUUAAAGAGGAGAAUUCAGAGCAAGCUGAAUCUACAGAAGUUUCUUCUUCGGGAAUAUCUAUCAGUAAAACUCCUAUCAUGAAAAUGAUGAAAAAUAAAGUGGAGAACAAACGGAUUACAGUUCAUCAUAACUCAGCUGAGGACAUUCCAGAAGAGAAAGAGAAUGAAAUCAAACCAGACCGUGAAGAAACUGUGGAAAAUCCAAGUUCUUCAGCUUCUGAAUCGAACACAAGUACUUCCAUUGUAAACAGAAUACAUCCAAAUACUGCCAGCACAGUUGUGACCCCGGCAGCAGUUCUUCCUGGGUUAGCACAGGUGAUCACCGCUGUAUCAGCUCAGCAGAAUUCCAAUUUGAUUCCCAAAGUCCUAAUCCCUGUUAAUAGCAUUCCUACCUACAAUGCUGCAUUGGAUAACAACCCCCUUUUACUUAACACCUACAACAAAUUCCCUUAUCCAACAAUGUCAGAAAUUACUGUCCUUUCUGCUCAAGCAAAAUAUACAGAAGAACAGAUCAAGAUAUGGUUUUCAGCCCAACGUCUAAAACAUGGCGUUAGCUGGACUCCUGAGGAAGUAGAGGAGGCGAGAAGAAAACAAUUCAACGGAACAGUACACACUGUACCUCAGACCAUAACUGUCAUCCCUACCCACAUUUCCACAGGGAGUAAUGGUUUACCAUCCAUCUUACAGACAUGCCAAAUAGUCGGCCAGCCAGGCCUGGUCCUUACACAGGUGGCUGGCACAAAUACCUUGCCAGUAACAGCACCUAUAGCCUUGACAGUGGCAGGGGUUCCAAAUCAAACCAACGUACAGAAAAGUCAGGUCCCUGCUGCUCAGCCUAUUGCAGAAACCAAGCCAGCAACAGCAGCAGUUCCAUCCUCUCAGCUUGUGAAACACGAAACCACGCUGGCAAACCCUGAUUCGUUUGGCAUUCGGGCAAAAAAGACUAAAGAGCAACUGGCAGAAUUAAAAGUUAGCUACCUGAAGAAUCAGUUUCCCCAUGAUUCCGAAAUUAUCAGACUUAUGAAAAUCACAGGCCUGACAAAAGGAGAGAUUAAAAAAUGGUUUAGUGACACACGGUACAACCAGAGAAAUUCAAAGAGUAAUCAGUGCUUACAUCUCAACAAUGAUUCCUCCACCACUAUUAUCAUAGACUCCAGUGAUGAAACCACAGAAUCCCCCACUGUUGUUACUUCACAGCAGAAACAAUCCUGGAAUCCUUUUCCUGACUUCGCUCCCCAGAAGUUUAAAGAGAAGACAGCAGAGCAGCUUCGUGUCCUUCAGGCAAGUUUUCUCAACAGCUCCGUACUUACAGAAGAAGAAUUAAAUAGGUUAAGAGCGCAAACCAAACUUACCAGAAGGGAAAUUGACGCUUGGUUUACAGAGAAGAAGAAAUCUAAAGCUUUAAAGGAAGAGAAAGUGGAAAUGGAGGAAAGCAAUGCAGGUAGUUCCAAAGAAGAAGCUGGAGAAACUUCUCCCGGAGAUGAGUCUAGUGCACCUAAGUCAGGGAGUACCGGCAAGAUAUGUAAAAAAACACCCGAGCAGUUGCACAUGCUUAAAAGCGCAUUUGUCCGAACACAGUGGCCAUCGCCAGAAGAGUAUGACAAGUUGGCCGAAGAAAGCGGGCUUGCUAGAACAGACAUAGUUAGUUGGUUUGGGGACACCCGUUAUGCUUGGAAAAAUGGAAACUUAAAAUGGUACUACUACUAUCAAAGCGCUAAUUCAAGUAGUAUGAAUGGUCUGUCUUCUCUUAGGAAAAGGGGGAGAGGGAGACCCAAAGGAAGGGGAAGAGGAAGACCUCGAGGGAGGCCCAGAGGAAGCAAGAGAAUGAACAACUGGGACAGGGGACCGUCCCUCAUCAAAUUUAAAACUGGAACUGCAAUACUUAAGGAUUAUUACCUGAAGCACAAAUUUCUUAAUGAGCAAGACCUCGACGAACUUGUUAACAAAUCACAUAUGGGCUACGAGCAGGUCAGAGAAUGGUUUGCCGAAAGACAGAGAAGAUCAGAGUUAGGGAUAGAAUUAUUUGAGGAAAAUGAGGAAGAAGAUGAAGUUAUUGAUGAUCAGGAAGAGGAUGAAGAAGAAACAGAUGAUAGUGACACUUGGGAACCCCCACGACAUGUGAAGCGGAAGCUUUCUAAAUCAGAUGACUGAAAUCUUCCUAAAAUGGUGGAGGAGAAUCAGUUCUUCAACUCCAGAUGUCUGAUUUACUGUGAAUGGGUCCAGUCUUUGAUGACACUGAAAACGUUUGGGGGCAUACACAAUCUCAAAAAACAGGAUCCAAUACCCAAAAGAAAUGGAACUCCAUGUUGUGCCAAAGUUAAGCUACUGCAGAUGGCAGAAGUCCUGCAAUGUACAUAGAACACUAAUUAAAAAACAACUUGUAAAAAUUGAGAUUUUAAUACAGUACAUUUUUAUUCUGAUAUGAUAGAGACAUUCUGAUUCUUAGACUUUCUGAGGGGGUUUAAUGACCACUAGAGCUUGUCCUCAUAUUUUGUUCAGCUUAAUACUGUAUGUCUCAUAAGAUGGGCCUUAUUGCCUAUAUUCUUUGAUAUGGAAUUAAGCUUAUAGCUUUGAGUGACCAAACAUUUUACAGAGUAAAAAUUGUUAGAAGCAGGAAAAAGAAGAAUCCGAUUUAUUUCUCUGUCUCAUUUUUCAGGCCCUGCACUAAGAUUAAAAGUUGUGCAUGGGUUUGUAUAAUUUCAAUGUAAGUGAAAAAACAGCCUGUUGACACAUGUUGGAGCAAGAAGGUUUUGUAGUAUCAUUGGCGCUUAAUGAUUGGAUCUUUCAUUGAACACAUUAUGGAUACCACUAUUACUACUUGUAAUACUCUGUUACUUUUUUUUCAUUAGAAACUGAAUUAGCUUUUUAUUAAACCGAACAUAAUCAGUACUGAAGAAGGGAAAGAAACUGGCAUAAGAAUUUGGAUACGAUGAAACUCUGAAAUAAAUAUUGUACCAAAAAUGUGGAAAAAAAAUCACAUAGUAAAUAUUAACUUAGUGUUUUCUUACAAUCGUAUAGAAAUCAGAAAUGUUUGUACAGGUGUCAGAUCAGAAUUUUCAAAAAUUGUCUUUUGGUGAAAUUCUACUUUGUGUAACAAUUUCAGUGAAGAGAGAAAAAAAUUCUGAGCUGAUCAGAAUGAGUAAAAACUUAGCUUUUCACUUAUGAAUGAUGGGAGUGUUAACUGUUAACUCUUGCCAUUUCAGGAGACUGAAAGUUCCUCCUAACUCAUACACUUUGUAAAGACCGGUGCUGUUCAUUCGUGUUGAGAAGGACCCUUUCCUUUGUGACUAUAGGACCAUUUUUCAAAAUGUGCUUUCUUCAUAGAAGAAAUGUUCAGUUUCAUUAGCUUUGGAUUUUAAAAUGUUUUUCUGAAUGACCAGAUGUAGUGGGCUUGGCCAGUUUAUUUUGUCUAAUUUAAUGAAUAAUAAAUAUUAAGCUCUUGUUUUUACCUUAAUGUUUGUCGGCUAAUGAAAAUGAUAUGAGAAAGCCUGGACUGUGCAUGCUGCUUUCAUUUUUAUAAACUUUUCAUUUUUUAACUAUAGCUUUAUUAGUAAUUCCAAAAUGCUGCAAUUUAGCUGAUUUCUUCACUCAGACAGCUGGCUUUGUGGGUGGCUUUUUCAUACUACUGUUAACUUUUUUAAGAGAAGCAAUGUAAAGACUGUAACAAUUUAAUGCACUAAACUGUUCUUUCUUUUACACAUUUAAAAACUUCUUAAAGCACUCUGUAUUAUAAUGAUUAAAUUGCUCCCUUUUUUAAACCGUU